UCGGCUUCAGUCAAUCCGUCAGUGAGUUUGAAGAGGUAAUUUAAUCGCUAUAUGGAGCAAAAAUGACGGAAGAAUCCGCUGUUAAAGUGUGUGUUAGGGUCAGACCCCUUAUAAAGAGGGAGGAUUCGGAGACUUCAGAACACGUGCAGUUGUUCUGGAGAGCAGAUAAACAAGCCAUACAUCAGAUCGAUGAUGAUGGAAAUCAAACAAAGAGCUUCAGCUUCGACCGUGUUUUCAGUGCUGAGGAGACCACCGGUCAACUCUAUCAGGACAUCGCCAAACCUCUGGUUGUGUCAGCAGUUGAAGGUUAUAACGGGACGAUAUUUGCUUAUGGACAAACGUCAUCCGGGAAGACCUUCACCAUGAUGGGUAGUGAACAUAAUCCUGGUGUGAUUCCGCUCGCCAUGGCUGAUGUCUUUAAAACUAUUAAAAAUUGUCCAAAGAAGGAGUUUCUCCUACGUGUGAGCUACAUGGAAAUAUACAACGAAACCGUCACAGAUUUACUCUGCGACAGCUGGAAGAGAAAACCUCUGGAGAUUCGUGAAGGAAACUAUAAAAACGUAUAUGUAGCUGAUCUGACAGAAGAAAUGGUGACGUCUCCGGAGCAGGUCCUGUCCUGGAUCACCAAAGGAGAAAAAAACAGGCAUUAUGGGAAGACUAAAAUGAACCAGCGCAGCAGUCGCUCUCACACAAUUUUCCGCAUGAUCUUGGAGAGCCGGGAGAGAAGUGACCCAGCAUCUGGAGAAAAUGCUGAAGGAGCCAUCAUAGUGUCACACUUGAACUUGGUUGAUCUUGCCGGUGCUGAACGGGCGAGUCAGACAGGAGCUGAGGGAGCCCGGUUUAAAGAAGGCUGUAAUAUAAACCGCAGUUUGUUCACGCUGGGUCAAGUCAUCAAGAAGUUAUCUGAUGAGAGUCAGAAGGGCUUCUUGAAUUACAGAGACAGCAAACUCACCCGAAUUCUUCAGAACUCUUUGGGUGGCAAUGCAAAAACUGUCAUUAUCUGCACAAUCACCCCAGCCACCGUCGACGAGACUGUGAGCACUUUACAGUUUGCUAGUGCUGCAAAACGCAUGAAGAAUGACCCUCACGUUACGGAGGUCUCUGAUGAAGGAGCUCUCUUGAGAAGAUACCGCAAUGAGAUUGUUGAUCUUAAACGACGGCUUCAAGAGGUUUCCUCUGUCACACAAACAACUGCGACUGAGAGACAGUCACUGUGCCAACUUCUGCAGGAGAAAGAUCAGCUCCAGAGAGAGCAGGAGGACAGAAUCAAGAACUUGACCAAACUACUAGUUACUGCAUCAAAUGUUGCAAUAAUCCCUAAGCUUCCCAAGAGGAGAGUGACGUGGGGUGGGAAGCUGCUGAGGUCUGCUCGUCUUCUAAAUGAAGCUCAUUGGUCAGGUGACAUGAGUUUUGCAGAGCCAUAUAUAAAGAAGAGACGUGCAGACUUCACUCUACAGGACGGAGACGAAAUGGAUGAAUUUGACAGCCGAUUUGAUUUCACGGCACUGGAUGAACAAAGCGUGGACAUGGAGAUGAGCAGCAUCACUGUCCGCACCUCCUCAGAAGGGAGUCAAUUUAUCGACUCGCCUCGAGCGAGCGAGCUGAUGUUGAAGGUGGCGUCUCUAGAGAGUCAGUUGGAGGCAGAGACUCAGAGCAGACAGAGAGCUGAGGAGAGGAGCUCAGAACUCCAGAAGAAUGUUUCUGAGCUGGAGAAGAAACUGGAAGCUCAAGUCCAACCAUCCGAUGAAGAAAUGAAGUCGUCCUAUGAGCUUCAGAUCUCUGAGCUGGAGAAGAAGCUGGAGAUGAUGGAAGCUCAAGUCCAACCUUCAGGUGAGGAGAUGAAGUCAUCCUAUGAGCUUCAGAUCUCUGAGCUGGAGAAGAAGCUGGAGAUGAUGGAAGCUCAAGUCAAACCUUCAGGCGAGGAGAUGAAUGGUUGCUAUGAGCUGGAGAAACAGAUGGUGGCGCUGCAGCAUCAGCUACAGACAGAGGCUGAACAGAGACAGAUGGCAGAGGAGAAGAUCUCAUCACUGGAACUGCAUGUGGCAGAGCUGGAGAAACCAUCUGAAGCCCUUGCACGCUCGCAGCACACCUGUGAACAGCUGAGGAGAGAUCUGGAAGAGGCCAUUCAGAUCUGUGAGACCGUCGGCUUUGAGAAGGAUGCCAUUAUUGCCGAGCGAGACCUGAUCAAACACACUCUUGAGCAUUUAUCAAAAGACCUGGAGACUCUGAAGGAAGAGAACAACUCACUUCAGAAGGAUAAAGACACACUUCAGAAAGACAUCGAGGAGAGGAAAGAUGCUGAUGAGUUUGAGAAACUAGAGCAGGAGAGCAAAAGAGAAUACGAGAGAGAAUUAGAAGCUGAAAUCUCCAGACUGCAGGAAGCUACAAAACAAUCGGAGGACACGAUUCAGAAGUUGGAGGCUGAUUUGGUGAAGAUGUCAUCAGAGCUCAAGAAGAAGACUCAGCUCACCACUGAACUGCAGAGUUUUAGUGGCAAGGAUCUUGUCCAGGAAGUGACACAGCUACGGCGUUCUUUAGAUGAUGCAGAGUGCCUCAGUUUGGAGACGAAGAAAGAAUGGGCCUUCCUGCAUAGUGAGAACAUUUCCCUUAAAGAGAGAGACGUAACACUGACUGCAGACCAUGAGAAGAUGGGAAGCGAGGUGAAGACACUUCAAGACAAGCUUGAGCAGGAGAAGUCUCGCUUCAAGAAAAUGCAAACGGAUCUACAGAAAGAACUAAUGGGUGCCUUUGAUGAAAACACCAAGUUAACUUCUCUCCUGGAUGGAAAGGUCCCAAAAGUAGAUUUGACUGAUAAUUUUGUGUUGGAGAAAAGCGUUUCUGAAUUGGGUAAGGAGCUCGAUCAGAGCCGUCAGCGAGAGCGAUCUCUACAGAGUGAGGUGGAGGCACUUCCUGCUAAAGUGGAUGAACUAUUGCAACAGGUGUGUGGUCUGACAGAAGAGCUGUGUUCUGUUAGAGACGAGAGAGAUCGUUUGAUAUCCGCUCAGUCCAGUUUAACCGAGGAUCAUCAGAGACUGAAAGACGAGACGUCUAAAGCUGAAGAUCAGCUGCUGAAGAUGGAGAAUGAUCUGAUCGAUGCUCAACUGAAGGAAACUGAACUGACAGAGCAGCUCCAGAAGAUCCAGACUGAUCUACAACACCUCACACAGGAGAACGGCAUACUGAUGAGAUCUUUAGAGGACGCCACACAGAAGUCGGUACAGUUGAGUGAAGAGCUCGAGAGUGUCCGUGGAGAGAGAGACGUGCUGCUGUCUGAGAAGACGGAGGACCUUCAGAAAGACCCAGAUGAGCUGCAGAAUCUACAUCACACCAUCAGCUCAAUAACUGAAGAGAGAGACCAACUCCAGGAGAUACUACAGGCCAUCAGAGAGGAGAGAGACCAGCUCAAGACAGACAUGGAGGAAAACGUUGAGAUGAUGAUUGAGAGUCAAUCAGAACUGAGAGAUGCUCAGGAGAAGGUGAAGGACCUUCAGAGUAAAAUACACAAUCUGGAAUCCCAGAGAGCUAAAAUGGACGGCCAGCAUGAUGAUGACCAGAGAAGCGAUAAAGAUGGACAGCUGGAGAAGCUACAAGAUCAGAUAAAACAGUUGGAGGAGCAGCUUGGUGCUGCUGCUGUUGAGAAGGACCAUCUGCUGUCAGAGAGAUCUGAGCAUCUUGAAGCUCUAGAGAGGAUCCAGAUGAGCAUCAUGUCAUUAACAGAGGAGAGAGAUCAGCUUCAUGAGAGACUACAGCAGCUUGAAACACAUCUGGAUGAGAAGAGUGAGAUGAUGCUGCCGGCUGAGUCCGAGUUGAAAGAACAGCAGCAGCAGCAUUUGAUCUCACAACGACAUGAUUCAACAGAGCAGAAUGACGCUCCAUUUCAACAGAUCCAGACACUGAAGGAAGAGCUUGAGACUUUGACAGAGGAGAAAAAUCAUCUCUCAUUAAACCUUCAAGAAACAUCUCAACAGGUGUGUGGUCUGACAGAAGAGCUGUGUUCUGUUAGAGACGAGAGAGAUCGUUUGAUAUCCGCUCAGUCCAGUUUAACCGAGGAUCAUCAGAGACUGAAAGACGAGACGUCUAAAGCCGAAGAUCAGCUGCUGAAGAUGGAGAAUGAUCUGAUUGAUGCUCAACUGAAGGAAACUGAACUGACAGAGCAGCUCCAGAAGAUCCAGACUGAUCUACAACACCUCACACAGGAGAACGGCACACUGAUGAGAUCUUUAGAGGACGCCACACAGAAGUCGGUACAGUUGAGUGAAGAGCUCGAGAGUGUCUGUGGAGAGAGAGACGUGCUGCUGUCUGAGAAGACGGAGGACCUUCAGAAAGACCCAGAUGAGCUGCAGAAUCUACAUCACACCAUCAGCUCAAUAACUGAAGAGAGAGACCAACUCCAGGAGAUACUACAGGCCAUCAGAGAGGAGAGAGACCAGCUCAAGACAGACCUUGAAGAGAGCAAUGGGAUGCUAAUGCAGGUACAGCAUGAACACAUCAGUCCACAGCUGCAGACUGACAGAACACAAGAUGAUGAGCUGCUGCUGCAGAUAAAGCAGCUUAAAGAUGAGCUGAAUGGAGUUAAUGAAGAGAAGCUGCAGUUAAAAUCAGACCUACAGGAGAACAUUGAAAUGAUGAUUGAACUUCAAGAGGAGUUGAGAGGCGCUCUUGAGAAGGUGAAAGAUCUGCAGAACACAAUACUGGAGCUGGAGUCCAAACACCAGAACUCUGAAAAGACAUCCCUACACCAGAUCCAAGAUCUUCAGGAUCAGAUGAAGCUAUUGCAAGAGGAGCUGGCGAGUGUUUGUAGCGAGCGACAGCGUCUUCUGUCUGAGAGGAACAUGAGUUCCCUCGAUGAGACCGCAACGAAGAUGAAGGCCGACAUCACUUCUCUAACAGAGGACAGAGACCAGCUCCAGGAGAUUCUGCAAGGUAUCAGAGAGGAGCGAGAGCAGCUGAGGAGACACCUGGAGGAGAAAGAGGAGAUGAUGGAGCAGAUCAGAGAAAAGCUUCAGUCCGCUUGUGCUGAGAGAGACCAUCUAUCAUCUGAGAGGAGCAGAGAGAUGGAGGAAAUGAACUCCAGAAUGAGCUUAGUGACUGAGGAGAGAGAUCAGCUCCUGGAGACUCUACAAGGACUUGAAGAAGAGCGGGAGAAGCUUAUGACAGAUCAGCAGCUGCAGGAUGAGACGUUGUCCCAGUUGAGGGAACAGCUGCAGUCUGUCUGUGCUGAAAGAGAUCAUCUGCUGUGUGAGAAGAGCAUGAGUGAUCUGGAGGACAUGCAGACAAGCCUUGCCAACAUCAGUGAGGAGAGACAGCAGCUCCUGGAGAUACUGCAGACUAACAGACAGGAGAAGAACCUGCUGAGGAAAGACCUGGAUGAGAAAGAGGAGCUGAUGCUGCAGCUGAGAGAAGAGCUUCAGUUGUCUUGUUCAGAGAAAGAGCAACUGCUUACUGAGAGGAGCAGAGAACUUCAGGAGAAAUCAGCAGAGAUGGAGAUGGCUGCAGCUAACAUCACCGCUCUGACUGAGGAGAGAGACCAGCUGCUGGAGAAACUGCAGGCGUUAAGAGAAGAGACCGAUCAGCUGAAGAGAGAUCAGCAUGAAAAGGACCAGAUGAUGGUGCAGUUGAGACAGGAUCUCCAGGCCGCAUGUGCCGAGAGAGACCGUCGUUUGGCUGAGAAAGAGACCGACUCGGCAUGUAACCUAUCAAACGCUUCAUCCAGUAUGACCUCAUUAAGUGAUGGAGGAGACCUCCAGGAAAUACUACAGGGUUUAAGAGAGCUUAUUCAGGUUCAAGGAGAACUCAAACAGAAGCGUCUCGUGUCUGAUCCGUUGAGUCCUACAGAGAAGCAGAAGGCUCAGCUUCAACAGAUUCAAGCGCUCGGUGUGGAGAUGGAGUCUAUGAGGAAUGAGAGGGUGUUACUCCGGAAAGAUCUUCAAGAGGCCGCUGACACGUCUAAAACCUAUCAGGAGUUACUUCAUGUCACAAAAGAAGAACUAAAGCAACAGCAGAAAGUCAACGCUGAUCUAAUGACCCAGAGUGCUGCAAAAGAGUCUCAACUUCAACAACAGGUGAUAAAAUUCAGGGAGAUCUUUUGGCUUUGGGAACUGUACAGAGACCAACACAACUCUGAGAUCCAGAACCUCCAAUCAAACCUCACCUCACUUACUAAAGACAAGGAUGAACUCCAGGACAUGCUGGAGAGAGCCAGAGAGGAGGGCGAUUUGCUGAGACAUGAUCUGCAAAAGAGUGAGGAGACGAGGAACCAGCUGAUUGUGGAGCUCGAGUCUCUUGGUGGUUUGAAGGAGCAGCUGGAGAAUGAGAAGACUCGCACUGAGCAGAUCAUGGACACUUUAAGAGUCAUCACAGAAGAGAGAGAUAGACUCAAACAAGAACUCGAGGGGAAGAUGGAGGUGAUCGCACACUGUGAAUCAAAAGCAGGAGAGCUGGAGAAGCAAAAGAUCCUUCUGGAGUCUGAAGUGCAUUCACUCAGUCAGUCUCUCACAGAGAUCAACUGUAGCAUAUCUUCUGGAAUGGAUCAGACCAACAUUCAGACCAAGCAGAGAUCUAAAGAUAUAAUCGCUGAGAUUGACCGCUCAAAUGAGAAGCUGCAGGCGGCUUUCACGAAGCUCCAGUUGAUCAUUAACCAUCCAAACGAGCAUUUAGAUGAUGUGACCCGUGAUGAAUGGACCGCCAUCUAUCAUCUGCUGCCAUUUGUACCAAAGUCUGAGAGGAAAGUUCACGCCAACUUCACCAUGAAAACAACCGAACUGAACGAUAACCUUCACUUGACUGCGGAGGCUUACAAGAAAUUUGCGGAGCGCUACAAGAGUCACUUUGAGACGCAGGUGCAGCGUGAUGUGGCAUCAUUCGAGGAGAGCCGACUGCAGGAUCUGCUCAUCCUCAUGACUCAAAAUCCAUCACAAUCUCUGCGAUCACUCCAAGAGGACUUCCAGCAGCUCUGGGAUCAGAGACUCUCACAUCUGCUGGACAGACGUCAACAUUAUCUGCAGAAAAUGGCAAGUGUCGUGACCGUUCUCGAGGACGGUUUGUCCAAACACGCACUGACCGUGUCAGAGGAGCGUCGGAAGAGAACUGGAGCGAUACAGGAGUUCAGUGCAAUGCUCAGAUCUCCAGACACUGCUGCCGUCCUACAGCUGCUGGAGCAACACGCCGUUCAACGCAUGAAAGUGACCGAGUGUCUGAACGCACAUGUCGCAACGUUGAAUGAGUGUCACUUUGACAUGUCUCUCCUCAAAUCGGCCUCUGUGGAGUCUGAACAGCGUCUGACGGAGCAGAGGAGAGAGACUUUAGCGCUGUUACAGACUCAAAAUGGCAUCCUGCCCAAAACGGAAGCUGAGCUCCUCCGGGAUAAUAAAAACCUGUCACUGCAGCUGCAGCAGACACGCAAACAGAUGCAGGUGAUUCAGGAGCAGAUGAAUGAUGUGAAGUCCCAGUCUGAUGCUUCAAACCAGAAACAUCUGCUACAGCUCCAGGAACUGGAUGUCCAGCUGAAGGAGAACAAAGCCCUCAUCCAGACCUUGGAGACCAAACUUAAAGAGUCGGAGGCGCAGGCUAAGAGGAACAUGACACCUGGCGCUGCUGAACUGGAGGCCAUAAAGGACAAACUGGUGAAAAUGGAGCUGGAUCACAUUGCAGUCACCACAAGCCAUGAGAAUGACAUUGCACAGAUGAGCUCCGUGUUGGAGCACAGAGCAGAGGUCAUUCGGAAGCUUAAAGAGACCCUCAGGAAAAUGCAACAGGACGACGAGCAGUCUUUCCUGGACAGCGAUGAGGCCAAUCUUAAUGUAGGCUCAAACACGCGAGCCGUCACUUCCCUCAAAGAGAAGAAGAUCGAGGAGCUGCAGAAGAAGAAUGCUCAGUUUGAGAGUCUGGUGAGCAAGCAGCAAGAGGAGAUCAGUAAAUGGAAGCGCAGAGCGUAUAAAAUGAAGGAGAGCAAUAAGGACGGUCUGUGCACCCCAACCAAACGACAGCCGCCUCUGACCAAAACUGAAGUGAACUCUCCAAAGAAGAUGUUCCUGGACUCUCCUAAGAGCAAGUUCUUUGACAUGCGCUCUUCCGUUCCCAUCAGCCUCAACUGCCCCACACAGUUCUUUGAUAACUCCAAUCUCGGGACUGUGCCAGAGGUGUCAUGUUUGCCGGCUGAGGCUGUCGUGGAGUUUUCCGACAGUGAUGAAGAGGAUUCCAGCUCGAGUGCUGCUGUUGUUUCUCAUAAAGCCGAUAAUAAAGCAGACGACUGGUGGCAGAUUCCUAACGCUUCAUCUACUGAACCCACUGCUAGUGUAAACGCUAAUGGAUGCCCAACACAGUGAACGACCCCUUUACACUUAAAAAUCAAACAUGACAUGGUCUGUUCCUCUGAAUGAAUUUUUGGCACAGUGUUGUCUUUGGAGUGCAGUAGUUCCAGCUCGCAGCACUAAAUGUGUCCUGAUGUUAAAGCAAUCUCUAACAAUAACCUGGAGGUCAAAGCUGUAUUGAUCCUCUGAACACAUCCUCCGUCUGUUAUGCUGUUAGGAAAAGAGAAAUGAACUAUUUUAUGAUGAAUACUGAACUCCUCUUGAACACUUCAGCUCGUGUGCAAUAACAACUACAUUCUAUAUAUGUGUUCUGUUGCCUUUUCUCUAUCUCUGCUGUAUGUUGUAUCUGUCACGCCUGUUUUAUGUAAAUAA